AUGGCAGCUUCAAGCGCUCAAGUUUUAUCGCCCGGUGCAGGAUGGGCAGUCGUGAUCGCUCUCGGAAUAGGUUUUGCGUUUCUGAUGUUAGCAAUUUCAUAUGUUCAAGAACGUUAUACCUCAUUCUCCGUUAAAACCAAUGAAGAAUUCACAUCUGCCUCACGUAGCGUAAAGACUGGUUUAAUUGCAAGUUCAAUUGUUUCUGCUUGGACAUGGGCUGCAACACUUUUACAAUCAAGUACAGUUGCUUUUAAACUUGGUGUUUCUGGGCCUUAUUGGUAUGCUGCAGGCGCAACGAUUCAAGUUUUGUUGUUUGCAAUGAUGGCAUCCAAGACGAAACUUAAUGCUCCUUUUGCACAUACGUACUUGCAAAUCGUUCGUGCAAGAUGGGGUAACUUGUUGCAUGUUGUUCACAUCUGUUUCGGAUUGGCAACAAACAUUCUCGUUGGAUCAAUGUUAAUCUUGGGUGGAUCUGCAACUGUCAAUCAACUUACCGGAAUGCCAACUCUUGCUGCCAUCUUCUUGACACCAAUCUCAGUGGCAAUCUAUACUCUCGUCGGUGGCUUACGUGCUACUUUCUUGGCAGAUUAUUUACACACUACUGUUUUGGUUGCUUUGAUUCUAGCAUUCGCAUUUACGGUCUACGCCGCAAGUGAAAAGAUUGGAAGUCCAGAAGCAAUGUUUGAUUUGCUUCGUUCUGCAGCACCGGUAGAAGGAAAUGCGGGUGGAAGUUAUCUUACCAUGCGUUCUUUAUCUGGCUUCAAAUUUGGUUUGAUCAAUAUUGCCGGUAAUUUCGCAACAGUUUUUGCCGAUCAAAGUUAUCAUCAACGUGGUAUUGCUUCUUCGCCCACUCUUGCUACAAAAGGCUUCAUCUUGGGUGGAAUCGCAUGGUUUGCCGUUCCAAUGUUAAUGGCUUCUUCUAUGGGCUUGGCAGCUCGGGCAUUAUACGGAAAGGACCCAGCAAUGGCCAUGUUAACUAGCAUGGAAGUUUCGGAAGGAUUAGCAGCGCCGGCAGCCGCAGCAGCAUUAUUGGGAAAAAGUGGUGCUGCUGCAAUUUUGAUCUUGUUGUAUCUUGCUGUUACAAGUGCAACAUCAGCUCAAUUGAUUGCUGUUUCUUCUGUUCUCACAUUUGACGUGUACAAGGUAUACAUCAAGCCAAGCGCGAGUUCCAAAGAGCUCUUUUGGAUGUCGCAUCUCGGAGUCGCUUUCUGGUCUUUGGCUUUAGGUGUUCUUGGAUUGAUCUUUUACUACAUCGGUAUCUCGAUGGGCUGGCUUUAUGUUUUCAUGGGUAUUCUGAUUUGUCCUGCUGUCUUUCCUGUUUUCGCUUGUCUUACUUGGAGCAAGGCAAAUCGAAUGGGCGCUUUGGUCGCAAUGUUAUCGGGUCUGGCUUUAGGCGUGAUUGCAUGGCUAGUCACUGCUUAUAAGUUGUAUGGAACUCUUACCGUUACAACAACAGGAGCAGAUGAUCCAUUGUUGGCAGGAAAUUUGGUUUCUUUGCUGGUUCCCUUUAUCGUCUUGUCGAUCUGGUCAAUCGUUUCACCAGAGAACUACUCUUUCGAAGGUACACGCGCAAUUAAUGCUCCUACUGAUGAACCACAAAUUGACACAGAAAGCAGCAAGAGUGAUUCAAAAGAAGACAUUGGAGAAGAAACAAAAGAAGUUGCAGUCGCUAAAGCAGAAGCAGAGAUCAUGCCAGCCAAUGCAACAACGAUAAGUGCAGAAUUGGAAAAAGGUUUGGACCCUGUAGAACUACAGAAGAGCGUUCGAAUGGCUAUUCGUGUUUCGAUUCCGAUGACAUUCAUUCUUUUAAUCUUUGUUCCAUGCAUGGCAAUCAUUCCAAAAACCUUUACGCCAACAGGAUUAGGAGCAUGGGUUGGAAUAAUUAUCGCUUGGAUGUUCUGUUCAGCGGGAAUUGUGAUUGUUAUGCCAAUUUGGGAAUCAUGGCAAAGUCUUGCAAGCAUUUGCAAAGGAAUCUUUGCUGAUAUUACAGGCAAACGUCGUCAAUAA